AUGGGUUCAAACGCCCAAACUAAAAUUACUAACACUCAUCCACUAUACCUCCAUCCUUCUGACUACCCGGGGAUAACUCUUGUAACUACUCCAUUCAAUGGGACUGGUUAUGGGAGUUGGAGGAGGGGAAUGUUGAUUUCCUUUUCUGCUAAAAGAAAGUUAGGUUUUAUAAAUGGUAAAGUAGUUAAACCUGCUGAGACUGACCCUACUUAUGAUAAUUGGGUGAUGUGUAAUGACAUGGUAAUUGCAUGGAUUCUUAAUAGUCUAGAUAAAGAAAUUGCUGAAACUGUGAUUCACACUGAGAAUGCUGGAGGUAUAUGGAAAGAAAUUGAAAAGAGGUAUGGUCAGGCUAGUGGAACUAAAGUGCUUCAAUUACGUAAAGAUAUAUCUUCUAUCUCUCAAGGAUCAUCUAGCAUAGCCUCUUAUUUUAACAGAAUUAAGAAAAUGUGGGAUGAGUUGACUAUCUCUAUCAUAUAUCCACCUGGCACCUGUGACUGCAAGGAAGAAUGGGUUAAGCUAGAAGAAGCACAAAGAGUUCAUCAGUUCCUUGCUGGGUUGAAUGAGUCUUACGGUGGCAUUAGGAGAAAUAUUUUGAUGAUAAAGCCACUUCCUGAUUUAGAUAGUGUGAUUCCUUACCUUCCUUUGCAUCGAUCCGAGUCUUGCAUUUCGGGCCCAAAGAUACCCCCAAAGGUUAACUUUGAUAAACGACCAAACUUUCCCACAAACAACAUUUCCAACAAUAAUUCUGCCUUGUUCUGCAAAUAUUGUAAGAAAUUAGGACACCUUAUUGGAAAAUGUUUCAAACUCCAUGGUUAUCCACCUGAUUAUCAAUUCUCCAAAGGCGAGAAGGGUUUUGUUGCUUGUGUUCAAGGCAUAGAAUCCUCCUCUCCUGUUAGUUUCUCCAGUUCUGGUCAAAAUAUGCCUACUCCAAAGUCAGAGGAUCUUUUACAUGGGUUCAGCAAGGAGCAACAUGAACACCUUAUCACUCUUUUGCAUCAGCAUAAGUUGCAGGACAUUGGUCUCUGUGCCUCUGCCAACUUUGUAGGUGUGAUUCCUAUAACUACUCCUGCUGCUUAUAAUAUUUGUUGCUUCUUUGCAUGUCAUCUUUCUCAAAUGUAUGAUAACCCUUGGAUUUUAGACUCUGGAGCAACCAAUCAUAUUGUCGCGACAAAAAUCUUCUUAUGA